UUCCCCCCUCCCUUCCCCCAACUCUGCUCCUCAACCGCCAAAGGAUCAGAUUAAAAACCCCAAAACCCAAGCAAACACACUACGAUGCAGUUGUGAGCGAGAGCUCUACUCUCUUCUCUGCUAGGGUUAUCACCGACUGCCACAUUCAACCUAAACAGCACACCGCGAAACCCCCCUCACUCUAAACUCUUCCAGCGCGAGAGAGAAACAAACAAUGACGAAGGUGUACGGAACGGGGGUCUACGACUUCAGGCGCCACCGCGUGGCGGAGUACCCGGCGGCGGAGAAGCCGCCGGAGUCGCAGACGGGGUCGAACCUGCCGAGCGCGAUCACGCUGGUUGAGAUCCAGCGGGACCGGCUGACCAAGAUCGCGGCGGCGAACUGGUCCUCCUCCAGGGCGGGCGGCGGGGAGGGGGAGGAGGGGACGCCGUUCAGCGAGGAGCUAGUGAAGGAGAUUUACGAGACGGAGCUGGCGGUGAGAGGCGGCCGGAAGACGGUGCCGCUGCAGAGGGUGAUGAUCCUGGAGGUCAGCCAGUACUUGGAGAACUACCUGUGGCCAAAUUUCGACCCGGAGACGGCGUCGUUCGAGCAUGUCAUGUCGAUGCUUCUCAUGAUCAAUGAGAAGUUUCGAGAGAAUGUGGCUGCUUGGAUUUGUUUUUAUGAUAAGAAAGAUAUGUUCAAGGCAUUCCUGGAGAGGGUUUUUCGGCUUAAAGAGGGAAGAAGCUUAACUAUUGCUGAGAAGACGAAUUACCUGCUUUUCAUGAUCAAUGCCUUUCAGAGCUUGGGAGAUGAAAUUGUCUGUGAUAACAUUUCAAGAUUAGCAAGUCCUCAGUGCUGGCACAGUCUAUCAUAUGGUCGUUUUCAGAUGGAGCUUUGCCUUAAUCCAGAUAUGCUCAAGUUAUGGAAAAGGAUUACCAAAAAAGCUAGGGAAGCUACCAAACGAGGAGAGCUAUUUGAUCCCUCAACUUCGCUUGAAGUGACGUUUGUGAGAAAUCUCAUUCAAGAGUUUUUGGAGGUACUUGAUUCAAAUGUUUUUCCACAUAAUCAGUGUGGUAGUGAUACAAUGGAUGUAAAUCCAUUUGAAGAAGUUGAUGAUGCUUCCGUUUUGUACUGUGAGAGGUUUAUGGAAUUUCUUACCGAUCUCUUGAGUCAACUCUCAACAAGGAGGGUUUUAAAGCCACUUGUUGCUGAUGUAGCUGUUGUCUCCAAAUGUCAUUUAAGUGUUCUAUAUAGACAUGAAAAGGGGAAACUCUUUGCACAAUUGGUUAACUUGCUGCAAUUCUAUGAACGUUUUGAGAUUGAUGAUCGUUUAGGGAGACAAAUGACCGAUGAUGAGGUGCUUCAGUCUCAUUAUAACCGGCUUCAGGCUUUUCAACUUCUUGCAUAUAAGAAGAUUCCCAAGCUGCGGGAACUUGCAUUGGCUAAUAUUGGCGCGAUUAACAGGCGCUCUGAUCUGUCAAAGAAAUUAUCUGUGCUUUCACCUGAAGAGCUGAGGGACCUAGUCUGCUGCAAGCUCAAACUGGUUUCGAAGGCGGAUCCAUGGUCCGAAAGAGUUGAUUUUCUUGUUGAAGUUAUGGUUUCAUUUUUUGAGAAACAACAAUCGCAGAAGGAGUCCAUAAAUGCUCUUCCCUUGUACCCUAAUGAGCAGAUAAUGUGGGAUGAAAGCGUUGUUCCUAGCAUCAAUUACACUGGGGAAGGGUGUCUGGCACUCCCAAAACUUAACUUGCAGUUCUUGACACUUCAUGAUUAUCUUCUUAGGAAUUUCAACCUCUUCCGUCUUGAAUCGACAUAUGAGAUCCGUGAAGACAUCCAGGAAGCUGUGCCACACCUCCUUGCCCAUAUUAGUAAUGAGGGAGAAACUGCUUUCCGUGGUUGGUCUAGAAUGGCUGUACCUAUAAGGGAAUUUAAGGUUACUGAGGUAAAACAGCCUAAUAUUGGAGAAGUAAAGCCGUCAUCUGUGACAGCAGAGGUUACUUUCAGCAUUUCCAGUUACAGAGCACAAAUAAGAUCGGAGUGGAAUGGCCUUAAAGAGCACGAUGUACUCUUUCUUCUUUCUAUCCGUCCUUCAUUUGAGCCUCUAAGUGCAGAUGAAGCUGCAAAAGCAACCGUGCCACAAAAGCUUGGUCUUCAAUAUGUACGUGGAUGUGAAAUUAUUGAGAUGCGAGACGAGGAGGGAACUCUCAUGAAUGAUUUCACCGGGAGAAUUAAACGGGAUGAAUGGAAGCCUCCAAAAGGUGAACUGAGAACUGUGACUGUUGCUCUGGAUACCGCCCAAUACCAUAUGGAUUGCACUGAUAUAGCAGAGAAAGGCAGAGAAGAUGUAUAUAGUACCUUCAAUGUACUGAUGAGGAGGAAGCCUAAGGAAAACAAUUUCAAAGCAAUUUUAGAAUCCAUAAGAGAUUUAAUGAAUGAAUCUUGUAUCGUUCCUGAUUGGUUGCAUGACAUAUUUUUGGGAUAUGGAAAUCCUUCUGCAGCACAAUGGAUUAACAUGCCCGAUCUUCUAGAAGCAGUGGAUUUCAAAGAUACAUUCCUUGACGUUGAUCAUGUUAGAGAGAGUUUUUCGGAUUAUCAGGUUUGUUUUACAAAUUCUGAUGGCACAAAAAAUUUGCAUCCAAAGCCCCCUUUUCGAAUUAGGCUUCCCAAGAAUCUAAAAGGGAAUACGCAUGCUCUUGCUGGCAAUGAUAAGUCUGCCAUAACUUCAGUUAAUGAUGCUAACUUGGUGGAUGCGAGUUCUGAGAGAGAACAACUCAUUGUCGAGGCUUAUGUUCCUCCUGAUCCAGGUCCAUAUCCGCAGGACCAGCCAAAGCAGAAUUCAGUUAGAUUUACACCGACCCAGAUUGGAGCAAUCAUCUCAGGCGUUCAACCCGGAUUAACGAUGGUUGUUGGUCCGCCUGGUACAGGGAAAACUGAUACAGCUGUGCAAAUCCUGAAUGUACUUUACCACAACUGUCCAUCUCAGAGAACGUUGAUAAUUACUCAUUCAAAUCAGGCUUUGAAUGAUCUUUUCGAGAAGAUAAUGCAGAGGGAUGUUCCUGCUCGCUAUCUUCUUCGACUUGGUCAAGGUGAACAAGAAUUAGCAACUGAUCUUGACUUCAGUCGACAAGGUCGUGUCAAUGCAAUGCUUGUUCGGCGGUUAGAGCUGCUUAGUGAAGUAGAGAGGCUUGCAAGAUCUCUUCAACUGCCUGAGGAUGUUGGUUACACUUGCGAAACUGCUGGAUACUUUUGGUUGUUUCAUGUCUACUCGCGCUGGGAGCUAUUUCUGGAUGCGUGUGCCAAAAAUCAAGAUAAACCGACCUUUGUUCAGGACCGUUUUCCUUUUAAGGAGUUCUUCUCCAAUACACCUCAGUCAAUUUUUACGGGCCAGUCCUAUGAGAAAGACAUGCGCGCAGCUGAGGGUUGCUUUCGUCAUCUUAAAAGGCUGUUCCAAGAAAUUGAAGAAUGCAGGGCAUUUGAAUUGCUCAAGUCAACAGUUGAUCGAUCAAAUUACCUAAUGACCAAACAGGCCAAGAUUGUGGCAAUGACUUGCACCCAUGCAGCUCUUAAAAGAAAGGAUUUUCUUCAGUUAGGCUUCAAGUAUGACAACCUCUUGAUGGAAGAAAGUGCCCAAAUCUUAGAGAUUGAAACUUUUAUCCCAAUGUUGCUCCAGAGGCAGGAAGAUGGGUAUGCUCGUCUUAAACGCUGCAUAUUGAUUGGUGAUCAUCAUCAGUUGCCCCCUGUUGUGAAGAAUAUGGCUUUCCAAAAGUACAGCCAUAUGGAUCAGAGUUUGUUCACAAGGUUCGUCCGUUUGGGAAUCCCGUACAUUGAGCUCAAUGCCCAGGGUAGAGCUAGGCCUAGUAUAGCCAGACUUUACAAUUGGAGAUAUAGAGAUCUGGGUGAUCUUCCAUCUGUGAAAGAGGAAUCCAUUUUCCAUAGAGCAAAUAGUGGAUUAUCGUAUGAGUAUCAGUUAGUGAAUGUUCCUGAUUACCAUGGCAGAGGUGAGACUGCCCCUUCUCCAUGGUUCUACCAAAAUGUGGGGGAGGCUGAGUACAUUGUCAGUGUCUAUAUGUACAUGCGUUUAUUAGGGUACCCUGCGAAUAAGAUAUCCAUCUUGACAACUUAUAAUGGACAGAAACUUUUGAUCCGUGAUGUUAUUGCCAGACGGUGUCUUCCUUAUGACUAUAUUGGUCCUCCUAGCAAGGUUACCACAGUUGAUAAGUUCCAAGGCCAGCAGAAUGAUUUUAUUUUGUUAUCUCUUGUGCGUACUCGGUUUGUGGGCCACCUUCGUGAUGUUAGAAGAUUGGUUGUUGCCAUGUCACGUGCUCGACUUGGACUCUAUGUUUUUUGUCGCCGUUCUCUGUUUGAACAGUGUUACGAACUUCAGCCCACUUUUCAACUUCUGCUCCAGAGACCUGAUCUCCUGGCCUUGAACAUGGCUGAGGCAACACAAUUUACGGAUCGUCAUGUUGAAGACACCGGACCAAUCCAUCUGGUGAGCGGCAUUGAAGAAAUGGAGACCAUUGUCAAUUACAAAAUCCAUCAGGCCCAGAUGAUGAGCAAUCAGUUUCCGGCAUACUUGGGACAGGUGGCUCCACAAAUGGGUGCUUCUGAGCAAAAUGACCUGCAGGUUUUGGGCCCACGGCACAAUUCCGAUUCCAUGGAUGCUGGUAAACUUUCUUUGGCAAUUGGUGCACCGGAAGAUGUGCAACCUGAGGGAAGGUUGGAUGAUAUACCACAGAAGCGAACUCUUGCAAAUGGAAAUGGGGAUGAUUUUCCGCUAGAGGGCCAUUCAAAUGUAGCAGCUAAUAUGGAUGUUGAAACUGAUGACAAAAAUGGCAUGGCACAUGAAAGCUUUUCAAAUGAAGAAAGUAAAGCAGAGGAGUAGUAAUCUUAUAAAAGACUUUGCUCAUCUAAACUUCAUAGCCUCAGGGAGGGACCUGAAAUAGGUUCAGGCUCCGAUGCUUCUAUGCCAACUGUGCGAUCAUUGUAGCUCUUAACAGUUUGUGUAGAAUUAACCCCAUCUUCUCAGAUUGUGUAAGCUUUAGUUUUUGGUGUAUCAGUGGCGAAGAUGAGGUUCUGAGUAAAAAAUUCAGGGUUAUGUAUCUUAGGGCCAAAUGCUUCCACUCUUACCACUUAAGCCCUGUAAGCCCACACCAUUGAUCUUCUGUAGCUCAAUUUUUUUGCAGAAAUCAAAGUAGAUGUUAUUGCCUAA